AGGCAGGGCCUCUGCAUUUUACUUUGCAGAUAGAACUUUGCUUCCUACUUGUGCCCGGAGCGAGCACAUUGGUUCUUCCUGAGCUUUCCCCCUGGUGCCUCGCUGCCCUCCCGGGAAGGACAGACCCGGGCUCCGCGAGCAGGUCGGGAGAGUGAGAAGCAGAGGACACAGAACGUGCUGAGGCUGUUCCUAGAGCCCCUCCUGGACGCCCUCGCCAGGUUGGGUUCGAACGCCUACCUGCCCCUGCGGAAGACGGACAGGUGCCUGCAGGCGCUGGUGACGCUGCUGCGCACGUGCUCGCCGAAGGGCGCCGGCGCCCGCGAUGGACUUGGUCGUGUCCGCCGCAGAGAGCAUCUCCAGCUUCCUGCUCAGGAGACUCACUAUGAACGAACUGAGCAGUGUCGCAGACCUGGAUCGCUGCCACCUGUACCUGCAGGUCUUCGCUGAGCUGGCGGGCCUCCCUGGGAAGCGGGGGGAGCGAGGCAGCCCCGUCCUGAGAAUCAUUGCUCCUUUGAGGAACGCAUCCAUCCGGCACCUGCAGGACACGGACAGUGGGCUGGUGCCGACGCUCGGGAGGCAGGUGCAGAGGGUGGUCAGCAUGGCUGCCUUGGCCGCGGUGUGUGAGGUGUGUGAGGCCCUCGACCAGACGCCGGAGCUGCAGCUGGACCCUCCGGAUGCUGGGCUCACGGAGCAGCUCCUCGCCGCCCUCCCACUCAAUCAGAGGCUGCAGAAGCCGCAGCCGGAGGAGCAGAGCAGUCUUCUGGAAGAAUCGUCGUCUUCCCCAGGCUGGGGCCGAAUCGCUGCGCAGUACAUCCACGACCAGUGGGCCUGCCUCGCUUUCCUGCUGAAGAAGCACCCCGCCCUUCCCCCCACCUCGGAGGGCGCGCUCCUGGACCCCGUGCUGCCCGCCCUUCAGACGCCAGCGCGGACUCUGCAGGCUGCGCUCGCCGCCCUCACGGUCCUCCCCUCCGAUCGCGUUUUGCCUGUGUUUCGCUGCAUGAAACUGCUGGUUCCCCAGCUUCUGGCCUCCUCGGAGUCAGUCUGCAUAGAGGCCUUUGACAUGGCUUGGAAAAUCAUAUCGACUCUAAGCAACACUCAGCUGGUGUUCUGGUCCAACUUAAAAGCUUUUGUUCAGUUUGUUUUUGAUGCCAAAGUUCUUACCAUUGCUGCAAAAACCAAGGGCCAGGCAUAUUUCAAAAUAAAAGAGAUUAUGCACCAGAUGAUUGAAAUGUCGGCUGUAAAAACCGGAGUCUUCAAUACACUGAUAACUCACUGCUGCCGAUCGUGGGUAGCUCCUGCUCUAGAGGUGCCCCAGGCGUCUUUUUCAAACGCUGCGGAUUACAGCGAGCUGCUCCUGGAGGCGUGUGUGUUUGGAACUGUGUUCAGGCGGGAUCAGAGACUCAUUCAGGACAUACAGACCUUUAUUGAAAAUCUUGGACAUGAAUGUGCGGCAAAUGUUGUUAUUGAAAAUACCAAAAGAGAGGACCACUAUGUCAGAGUUUGUGCUGUCAAAUUCCUGUGCUUGUUAGAUGACUCCAAUGCGUCCCAUAAGGCGUUUAUGGAAGACCUUGCCAUCAAGCUGUUAGAGAAAGAGGCACUGGUGUCCUCGUCCAGGACGCGAUGCUACGUGAACUCCCAGCAGCACCGAGUGCAAAACCGAGUGUGGCAGAUCCUGCUCGUGCUUUUCCCCCGCUUCGACCAGAAUUUCUUGAAUAGAAUCAUUGACAAGAUCUUUCAGGCUGGUUUCAUCAACAACCAAGCAUCCAUCAAGUAUUACAUCGAAUGGAUUAUUAUACUGAUUCUUCACAAAUUUCCUCAGUUUCUUCCAAAGUUCUGGGAUUGUUUUUCUUGUAGUGAAGAACACCUUAAAACAAGCAUUUGUACAUUCUUGUCGGUUUUGUCACAUUUGGACAUCAUUACUCAAAAUCUUCCAGAAAAGGUGAGUUUAAAUUGUAAGAAGAGUUUAAACUUGGCUAACAAAAUAGAACUUUUAAUAUUUGUCCUA